UGAACAAUGACUCCCAUCAGCCCCAGGCAGCAUCUGUUCAACUUCCCAACCUCUGGAGUUACAACAGUUAGCUGAACAUGCCCUAAAUGAUGUAAGACCCCCUCCUCCCUGCCCAGGGUACCCCUGACUCUCCACCCACAGCCCCCUCCUCUCUGCCCAGGGUACCCCCGACUCUCCACCCACAGCCCCCUCCUCCCUGCCCAGGGUACCCCCGACUCUCCACCCACAGCCCCUCCUCCUGCCCAGGUACCCCGACCCUCCACCCACAGCCCUCCUCCCUGCCCAGGGUGCCCCUGACUCUCCACCCACAGACCCCUCUCCACAGCCAGCCCCCCGACUCCUCCUGCCCAGGGUACCCCUGACUCUCCACCCACAGCCCCCUCCUCCCUGCCCAGGGACCUCCAUCCACAGGCCCAGGGUACCCCGACUCUCCUCCCUGCCCAGGGUGCCCCCGACUCUCCAUCCACAGCCCCCUCCUCCUGCCCAGGGUACCCCCGACUCUCAACCCACAGCCCUCCUCCUGCCCAGGGUACCCCCGACUCCAUCCACAGCCCCUUCCUCCCCUGCCCAGGUGCCCCCGACUCUCAACCACAGCCCCUCCUCCUGCCCAGCCCCCGACUCUCCACCCACAGCCCCUCCUCCCUGCCCAGGGUGCCCCCGACUCUCCACCCACAGCCUCUCCUCCCUGCCCAGGGUACCCCUGACUCUCCACCCACAGCCCCUUCCUCCCUGCCCAGGGUACCCCCGACUCUCCACCCACAGCCCCCUCCUCCCUGCCCAGGGUACCCCUGACUCUCCACCCACAGCCCUCCCCUCCUGGUCGCUCUCCUCUCCCCCUCCUCUGAUCUGACACGUCCCUCCCGGUGUUGCUGGAUGGACCCCGCUGCUAUCCUGCUCCUCCUGCCGGGCCUGGCGCUGGUUGCCGGGCAGGCACUGGUCACCGAACCCGCUCAGGAUAGACCGCCCUCCCUGGUCAUCGCCAUUAUCGCCCGCAACGCGGCCUAUUCUCUGCCCUACAUGCUGGGGGCGCUGGAGAGGUUCAAGUACCCCAAGGACAGGGUCUCAGUCUGGUGAGGAGGGGGCUGUGGGGGGGUCUCCAUAGGAGCAACAGGCAACUUUUGGGGUGUCCAGUGGAAAAUCUCAACUUUUAUAACUUUGGUUAUGCUUGCUGAUACAAAAUGUCUAGAGAGAGUUUCUGUAAAUUAAUGGUUUUUUUGAGUCUAAGAAUAGUUUAUAUUGAUGUAUUUCAUAUAUUAUACUUGUAUUUAAGGUCCCUUUGGGCACUAGACAUUGCACCAAAAUAGGACCUCUCAUCUUUGCAACUUUACACACUUUGUAAGGACAAAACUUGCUAUUCUAGGGCAAAGUUACAUUUUGAGAAACAUUCCUUGACACUUUUUAUUUAGAACUUACACCAAGAAUAGCACCAGUGUUCACAUUGAUAAGUCUUUCACCUUAGUGCAGUGGUCUCCAAACUCUGGCCCUGUAGAUGUUGCCGAACUACAACUCCCAUGAUUCUUUGAAUGAAAUGGAUAGCCAGAGAAUCAUGGGAGUUGUAGUUCAGCAACUUUUGGAGGACCAGAGUUUGGAGAACCCUGUUAGCGCAUUUGUCUGUGGCAGAACCCAUGUGUAUUGCCCCAGGGGCUAAAUUAAUUUCCCUGUGCAUGUUUGAUCCCAUUGUACAGUGCUAUGGAAUUUGCCUGCGCUAUAGAAAUAGUAAUAAUAAAAUUAUAAUGUACGCUGGCAGCUUAAUAAAUUGCAGUAUUCAAUGUUACUAAAUAUUAACAGAUGAAAACAAUUUAAACAAACUCAUCUGUAUCUGACAGAUAUGUGUAAAUAUAAAUAUUUAUGCAAACUUAACGCUCUCAAAACACCAUAACAAUUAGAAUGCAGUGUAGUGGUUAUGGUGCCUGUCAUGCCCUGCCACUUUAUUUCUUUUUUCCUUCUGUAUAUUUUAAUGUAAUGAAGAAAUUACAAUGGACAUGAUUUAUAUACCUGGAUAACAGAUGUUUUUUUUUAAAUGAUAUCUGUGUGCUCUUAUUACAUACAGGAGUGCAACAGAUCACAAUGAGGACCAAACUAGCAAGGUGCUUCAGGAUUGGCUGGAAGGUGUGCGGCCAUUGUACCACACUGUGGAGUGGAUCGCACAGGAGACACCCAGGUGAUUAUUAAUUCCAUCUCCAGCGACUGCCCCUGUUUUGUAUUUAUAGAUUCUGCAACCAUGUAAUCAGCUGCUACAGCUCCUGCCUGAUAACAAACAGUAAAAUACUAAGACACUUUUACACAGAGGUAUAUUGUUACAUCUCUGAAAUGUAGUUUUGUUUUAAAGGGACACUGUAUGCACUGUGUCUGCCUUAUCUGAUUAAAUGGGUUAUAGUGGCUGUAGUCCCUUGGUACCGUCAUUUCAUUCAGCAUUAAACAGUAUUUAAACGGACGCUAUAGGCAUUGCAGUGGUCUGGGUGCAGUGUCCCUUUUGCACUCAGCGCUGAAAUGUAAAAUAUUUAAGUUCCAGAGAAACUGCAAUGUUCACAUUGCAGCACUAAGUCUGCCUUUCUUAAUCAAAUGGACCUUUGCAUCAGGACAUCCAGCGUCAGAUUUUUUCACGUAGGAAAGCAUUGAUUCCUAUGGUGAGGUCUAAUGCACGCAUGGAAUUUGCUGCGCAUGUGCAUUAUAGCUCUCUCGCCAUGGGACGUUGGAGGGGGCGGAGCAUCGUCUGGGGUAUGGUAAGUAAAUAAAGGGGUUUUAACCAUUUAUUCACUGGGGACGGGUUAGGCAGGAAGCAAGAGUGCAUUAUAGUAUCCCUUUAAUGUUUUUUUUGUUUGUUUGUUUUAAUACUAAACAAGAGUCCCCAGCAGUCCAUCCCCUCUGUGCUGCUUUGUCUAAUGAGGAAGUAUUAGCUUGAGCUGCAAUGGGAAGCUGAAUGUUUUUAGUAGUUAUUGUGAUUGGAGUAACCCUUUAAUCUCCACAAAGUGGUCUUGGAGCUGUGGUCCUGUCAUUUUAAUGCUUAAUGUAAAACAUUGCCGUUUUGUAGAAACAGUAAUGUUUACAUUGCAGGGUUAAAUACGCCUCUGUCUUCCUGGUAGCCACUAGAGGCACUUUUGCCUCCAGAACCGAGUCAAACUCUGUCCUUCAAUCAAAUGCUGCUCAUAGCUCAUAGCAAUGUUUGAUUGGAAGAGCACAGUGAUUUGCCAUGCAUGUUUAUCUCGUCCCCAUUGCUUCUCUAUGAGAAGCAUUGUAUUGGACAAGAUCACGGAAGACAUCAGCAGGCAUGCUGACGAAGGCAGAGAAGGUGGCUGCAGUAGGGGUGUCUGGGCACUGGGAACAACCCAAGAAAACUUUUUUUAAAUUAAAGGACCACUAUAGUGUCAGGAGAACAAAUGUGUUUUCCUGACCCUAUAGGUGUGAAUAGCUGUUUAGGCCUCUGCUUAAAAAGGUGUUUUACUCGCCUUUUUCCAGCGCCGCACGGUCGUGACUGGCACUGCCCCCUUGUCUGAGAUCAUUAAAUUUGAUUAUCUCAGCCAAUCCAAUGCUUUCCCAUAAGAAAUAAUUAUGAAGCUAUCGCGCAUGGGUGUCAAAAUGCCGCUCUGCGCCAGUUAGCAUCUCACUAUAGAGCUGCUCAGCACUGACCCAGGAAGCACCUCUAGCAGCCGACUGAGUAACUACCACUAGAGUUGUCCCUAAGCAGUAAUGUAAACACUGCUUUUUCUCUGAAAAGGCAGUGUCUUCAUUAAAAUACCCACAGGGACAUACUAUAGAAACCAGAACAACAACAUUAAACUGUAGUUGUUCUGGUGAGAUAUAGUAUCCCUUUGUUAGCAGCAAAGGGGAAUGGACAGAGGUCACAAAGAGCAUUUAUAAUCCGUAAAAACAAAAUUUAUUUUUGGAACUAUAGGUUUCUUUUAAAGUAUGUUUAGAUUAAUUAGAGAGGCGUCCACAAGGGCUCUUCAACCUAUAGAUGUCACGAUUUGUCUCCACCUUGCCAGGAGCUAUAUACAGUUUUUUUUAUAAACUUAUUUAUUCCUGCACCUCUCCCCGGCAUUGGGAUACCAUGUUCCUUCUUUCUCCAUUUUAUUCUCUUCAUGUAACCCAGACAAUAUCUCUUUCCCCAUUUUUACCAUUUAGCAAAAGAAUUGCAGUAAAAUGCUGUGGGCAGGCGUAUGGUACCUAGAACCAGAUACGAUUUCUACUGAAUGCUAUGCAGGGUCCUAAUUGGGGGGCUUCAUUUCCCAUCACUGUUUCCUUACACUAACUUUACAAUAUGAGUGGGAACACCAACUAACCUUACCAGUGUAGAUUACAUUUAUAGGGCUUACAAAAUGCAACAAUGUUCUCGGCUCUCCUCAAUCAUGCCUUAUUCUCGAUCCACACCUUUUCAUGUGAUUGAUUAAAGAAGGUUCCUUGCUUUGCUCUCUGUGUCUUUCAUAGCUGGUAUCCGGAGGAGACUGGUCCUAAGCAGUGGCCCAAGGAACGUUACGAGCAUGUUAUGAGGCUGAGACAGGAGGCUCUAGACUACGCACGGAGGAACAAUGCUGACUAUAUUUUGGUAAUAGGAGAGCUUUAUUGGGAUAGGUGCACAAGAAAAUAGGGAAUAGGUGUAACAUUACUGUGAAGAGACCUUUAGGAAGAUUUCUCAAAGUGUCCUGUAAAAGUUUUUUUUUUUGAAUUUUUGGUCUCUAAUGUGUUUGCUAAUAUAUAAUAUACAAUAAAAAUGAUCUGAAAAGUGACUGUUUUCCGGUUUGAUAGAUACUUUGUGUCACAGAAAAAACUGCGUGCAUUUAGAAAUAAGGGAGGGGAUGUAAAACAAGCAAAAGAUGAAAAAACCUUACAGAUUAAAUAAAGUGACAAAAACUAUGUGUGACACUUUGAUACAUCUCCAUAUUGUAUCUGAGCUUUGUUUGCUACCUUCUUUAUUCAGACAUUAUUUCUGGUGUUGUGCUAGCUUUGCACUUUGCCAUUUAAAUCUGUCUGGUUCUGUAGCACUCUCUCAGUCCGCAGUCUGUACUGUGUAUUACUGUUGCACUCUCAGUCUGUACUGUGUAUUACUGUAGCACUCUCAGUCUGUACUGUGUAUUACUGUAGCACUCUCUCAGUCCGCAGUCUGUACUGUGUAUUACUGUUGCACUCUCUCAGUCCGCAGUCUGUACUGUGUAUUACUGUAGCACUCUCUCAGUCCUCAGUCUGUACUGUGUAUUACUGUAGCACUCUCUGUCUGUACUGUGUAUUACUGUAGCACUCUCUCAGUCCGCAGUCUGUACUGUGUGUUACUGUAGCACUCUCUCAGUCCGCAGUCUGUACUGUGUGUUACUGUAGCACUCUCUCAGUCCGCAGUCUGUACUGUGUAUUACUGUAGCACUCUCUCAGUCCGCAGUCUGUACUGUGUAUUACUGUUGCACUCUCUCAGUCCGCAGUCUGUACUGUGUAUUACUGUAGCACUCUCUCAGUCCGCAGUCUGUACUGUGUAUUACUGUAGCACUCUCUCAGUCCGCAGUCUGUACUGUGUAUUACUGUAGCACUCUCUCAGUCCGCAGUCUGUACUGUGUAUUACUGUAGCACUCUCUGUCCGCAGUCUGUACUGUGUAUUACUGUAGCACUCUCUCAGUCCUCAGUCUGUACUGUGUAUUACUGUAGCACUCUCUCAGUCCGCAGUCUGUACUGUGUAUUACUGUAGCACUCUCUCAGUCCGCAGUCUGUACUGUGUAUUACUGUAGCAUUCUCUCAGUCCACAGUCUGUACUGUGUAUUACUGUAGCACUCUCUCAGUCCGCAGUCUGUACUGUGUAUUACUGUUGCACUCUCUCAGUCCUCAGUCUGUACUGUGUAUUACUGUUGCACUCUCUCAGUCCUCAGUCUGUACUGUGUAUUACUGUAGCACUCUCUCAGUCCUCAGUCUGUACUGUGUAAUACUGUAGCACUCUCUCAGUCUGUACUGUGUAAUACUGUUGCACUCUCUCAGUCUGUACUGUGUAUUACUGUUGCACUCUCUCAGUCCUCAGUCUGUACUGUGUAUUACUGUAGCACUCUCUGUCCUCAGUCUGUACUGUGUAUUACUGUAGCACUCUCUCAGUCCGCAGUCUGUACUGUGUAUUACUGUAGCACUCUCUCAGUCCGCAGUCUGUACUGUGUAUUACUGUUGCACUCUCUCAGUCCGCAGUCUGUACUGCAGGCUGCUGUUGCACUCUCUCAGUCCGCAGUCUGUACUGUGUGGCUACUGCUGCACUUCAGUUCGUGCUGUGUAUUACUGUUGCACUUCUCAGUUCGUACUGUGUAUUACUGUAGCACUCUCUCAGUCCGCAGUCUGUAUUGUGUAUUACUGUUGCACUCUCUCAGUCCUCAGUCUGUACUGUGUAUUACUGUAGCACUCUCUCAGUCCGCAGUCUGUACUGUGUAUUACUGUUGCACUCUCUCAGUCCUCAGUCUGUACUGUGUGUUACUGUAGCACUCUCUCAGUCCGCAGUCUGUACUGUGUAUUGCUGUUGCACUCUCUCAGUCCGCAGUCUGUACUGUGUAUUACUGUUGCACUCUCUCAGUCUGUACUGUGUAUUACUGUUGCACUCUCUCAGUCUGUACUGUGUAUUACUGUAGCACUCUCUCAGUCCGCAGUCUGUACUGUGUAUUACUGUAGCACUCUCUCAGUCCGCAGUCUGUACUGUGUAUUACUGUAGCACUCUCUCAGUCCGCAGUCUGUACUGUGUAUUACUGUUGCACUCUCUCAGUCCGCAGUCUGUACUGUGUAUUACUGUUGCACUCUCUCAGUCUGUACUGUGUAUUACUGUUGCACUCUCUCAGUCUGUACUGUGUAUUACUGUAGCACUCUCUCAGUCCGCAGUCUGUAUUGUGUAUUACUGUUGCACUCUCUGUCCUCAGUCUGUACUGUGUAUUACUGUAGCACUCUCUCAGUCCGCAGUCUGUACUGUGUAUUACUGUUGCACUCUCUCAGUCCUCAGUCUGUACUGUGUGUUACUGUAGCACUCUCUCAGUCCGCAGUCUGUACUGUGUAUUGCUGUUGCACUCUCUCAGUCCGCAGUCUGUACUGUGUAUUACUGUUGCACUCUCUCAGUCCUCAGUCUGUACUGUGUAUUACUGUAGCACUCUCUCAGUCCGCAGUCUGUACUGUGUAUUGCUGUUGCACUCUCUCAGUCCGCAGUCUGUACUGUGUAUUACUGUUGCACUCUCUCAGUCUGUACUGUGUAUUACUGUUGCACUCUCUCAGUCUGUACUGUGUAUUACUGUAGCACUCUCUCAGUCCGCAGUCUGUAUUGUGUAUUACUGUUGCACUCUCUGUCCUCAGUCUGUACUGUGUAUUACUGUAGCACUCUCUCAGUCCGCAGUCUGUACUGUGUAUUACUGUUGCACUCUCUCAGUCCGCAGUCUGUACUGUGUGUUACUGUAGCACUCUCUCAGUCCGCAGUCUGUACUGUGUAUUGCUGUUGCACUCUCUCAGUCCGCAGUCUGUACUGUGUAUUGCUGUUGCACUCUCUCAGUCCUCAGUCUGUACUGUGUAUUACUGUAGCACUCUCUGUCUGCAGUCUGUACUGUGUAUUACUGUAGCACUCUCUCAGUCCGCAGUCUGUACUGUGUAUUACUGUAGCAUUCUCUCAGUCCACAGUCUGUACUGUGUAUUACUGUAGCACUCUCUCAGUCCGCAGUCUGUACUGUGUAUUACUGUUGCACUCUCUCAGUCCUCAGUCUGUACUGUGUAUUACUGUUGCACUCUCUCAGUCCUCAGUCUGUACUGUGUAUUACUGUAGCACUCUCUCAGUCCUCAGUCUGUACUGUGUAAUACUGUAGCACUCUCUCAGUCUGUACUGUGUAAUACUGUUGCACUCUCUCAGUCUGUACUGUGUAUUACUGUUGCACUCUCUCAGUCCUCAGUCUGUACUGUGUAUUACUGUAGCACUCUCUGUCCUCAGUCUGUACUGUGUAUUACUGUAGCACUCUCUCAGUCCGCAGUCUGUACUGUGUAUUACUGUAGCACUCUCUCAGUCCGCAGUCUGUACUGUGUAUUACUGUUGCACUCUCUCAGUCCGCAGUCUGUACUGUGUAUUACUGUUGCACUCUCUCAGUCCGCAGUCUGUACUGUGUAUUACUGUAGCACUCUCUCAGUCUGUACUGUGUAUUACUGUAGCACUCUCUCAGUCUGUACUGUGUAUUACUGUUGCACUCUCUCAGUCCUCAGUCUGUACUGUGUAUUACUGUAGCAGUCUCUCAGUCCGCAGUCUGUACUGUGUAUUACUGUUGCACUCUCUCAGUCCGCAGUCUGUACUGUGUAUUACUGUUGCACUCUCUCAGUCUGUACUGUGUAUUACUGUAGCACUCUCUCAGUCUGUACUGUGUAUUACUGUUGCACUCUCUCAGUCCUCAGUCUGUACUGUGUAUUACUGUAGCACUCUCUCAGUCCUCAGUCUGUACUGUGUAUUACUGUAGCACUCUCUCAGUCCGCAGUCUGUACUGUGUGUUACUGUAGCACUCUCUCAGUCCGCAGUCUGUACUGUGUAUUACUGUAGCACUCUCUCAGUCCGCAGUCUGUACUGUGUAUUACUGUAGCACUCUCUCAGUCCGCAGUCUGUACUGUGUAUUACUGUAGCACUCUCUCAGUCCGCAGUCUGUACUGUGUUACUGUAGCACUCUCUGUCUGUACUGUGUUACUGUAGCACUCUCUCAGUCUGUAUUGUGUGUUACUGUAGCACUCUCUCAGUCCGCAGUCUGUACUGUGUAUUACUGGAGCACUCUCUCAGUCCGCAGUCUGUACUGUGUAAUACUGUAGCACUCUCUCAGUCCGCAGUCUGUACUGUGUAUUACUGGAGCACUCUCCCAGUCCGCAGUCUGUACUGUGUAUUACUGUAGCACUCUCUCAGUCCGCAGUCUGUACUGUGUAUUACUGUAGCACUCUCUCAGUCCGCAGUCUGUACUGUGUAUUACUGUUGCACUCUCUCAGUCCUCAGUCUGUACUGUGUAUUACUGUAGCACUCUCUCAGUCCUCAGUCUGUACUGUGUAAUACUGUAGCACUCUCUCAGUCCGCAGUAUGUACUGUGUAUUACUGUAGCACUCUCUCAGUCCGCAGUCUGUACUGUGUAUUACUGUUGCACUCUCUCAGUCUGUACUGUGUAUUACUGUUGCACUCUCUCAGUCCUCAGUCUGUACUGUGUAUUACUGUAGCACUCUCUCAGUCCUCAGUCUGUACUGUGUAUUACUGUAGCACUCUCUCAGUCCGCAGUCUGUACUGUGUAUUACUGUUGCACUCUCUCAGUCCGCAGUCUGUACUGUGUAUUACUGUUGCACUCUCUCAGUCCGCAGUCUGUACUGUGUAUUACUGUUGCACUCUCUGUCUGUACUGUGUAUUACUGUAGCACUCUCUCAGUCUGUACUGUGUAUUACUGUUGCACUCUCUCAGUCCUCAGUCUGUACUGUGUAUUACUGUAGCACUCUCUCAGUCCGCAGUCUGUACUGUGUAUUACUGUUGCACUCUCUCAGUCCGCAGUCUGUACUGUGUAUUACUGUUGCACUCUCUCAGUCCGCAGUCUGUACUGUGUAUUACUGUUGCACUCUCUCAGUCUGUACUGUGUAUUACUGUAGCACUCUCUCAGUCCGUCAGUCUGUACUGUGUAUUACUGUAGCACUCUCUCAGUCCGCAGUCUGUACUGUGUAUUACUGUAGCACUCUCUCAGUCCGCAGUCUGUACUGUGUAUUACUGUAGCACUCUCUCAGUCCGCAGUCUGUACUGUGUAUUACUGUAGCACUCUCUCAGUCCGCAGUCUGUACUGUGUAUUACUGUAGCACUCUCUCAGUCCGCAGUCUGUACUGUGUAUUACUGUAGCACUCUCUCAGUCCGCAGUCUGUACUGUGUAUUACUGUAGCACUCUCUCAGUCCGCAGUCUGUACUGUGUAUUACUGUAGCACUCUCUCAGUCCGCAGUCUGUACUGUGUAUUACUGUAGCACUCUCUCAGUCCGCAGUCUGUACUGUGUAAUACUGUAGCACUCUCUCAGUCCGCAGUCUGUAUUGUGUAUUACUGGAGCACUUUCUCAUUCUUUGCUGUGUGUGCUGUAGCACUCUCUCAUUCUUUGUUGUGUGUGCUGUAGCACUCUCUCAUUCUCUGCUGUGUGUGCUGUAGCACUCUCUCAUUCUCUGCUGUGUGUGCUGUAGCACUCUCUCAUUCUCUGCUGUGUGUGCUGUAGCACUCUCUCAUUCUCUGCUGUGUGUGCUGUAGCACUCUCUCAUUCUUUGCUAUGUGUUCUGUAGCACUCUCUCAUUCUCUGCUGUGUGUGCUGUAGCACUCUCUCAUUCUUUGCUAUGUGUUCUGUAGCUCUCUAUCUCCAGCUAUACUGUGAGGUAUUAUAGCGCACUCUAUCUGUGCUAUGUGGUACUGCUGCACUUUACAGCCUAUGCUGUUGGACACUGUAAUACUUUGUAUAUGUGCUGUGAGAUAUUGUAGCACUUUGUAAGGUACCGUAACACUUCCUCUAUCUAUGUAGUAUUGUAGCACUCUAGCAUUCUGUAGGUCUGUGCUGAUGUAACACUCAGACUCUGCACUACUGUGGUUGGCAUAGAGUCAUUCUCUAUAGUGCUGUUAUGUACACUCUGGGGGGAGGUAGUGUAUCCAGUGCUAAUCUAUGCUGUGCUGUCAUUCUCUGGAGGGAGGUAGAGUACUCAGUGCUAGUCUCUGCUGUGCUGUCAUUCUCUGGAGGGAGGUAGUGUACCCAGUGCUAAUCUCUGCUGUGCUGUCAUUCUCUGGAGGGAGGUAGUGUACCUAGUGCUAGUCUCUGCUGUGCUGUCAUUCUCUGGAGGGAGGUAGUAUACCCAGUGCUAGUCUCUGCUGUGCUGUCAGUCUCUGGAGGAAGGUAGUGUACCCAGUGCUAAUCUAUGCUGUGCUGUCAUUCUCUGGUGGGAGGUAGUGUACUCAGUGCUAAUCUAUGCUGUGCUGUCAUUCUUUGGAGGGAGGUAAUGUACCCAGUGCUAGUCUCUGCUGUACUGUCAUUCUCUGGAGGGAGGUAGAGUACUCAGUGCUAGUCUCUGCUGUGCUGUCAUUCUCUGGAGGGAGGUAGUGUACCCAGUGCUAAUCUAUGCUGUGCUGUCAUUCUUUGGUGGGAGGUAGUGUACUCAGUGCUAAUCUAUGCUGUGCUGUCAUUCUCUGGAGGGAGGUAGUGUACUCAGUGCUAAUCUAUGCUGUGCUGUCAUUCUUUGGAGGGAGGUAAUGUACCCAGUGCUAGUCUCUGCUGUAUUGUCAUUCUCUGGAGGGAGGUAGUGUACUCAGUGCUAGUCUCUGCUGUGCUGUCAUUCUCUGGAGGGAGGUAAUGUACUCAGCGCUAGUCUCUGCUGUACUGUCAUUCUCUGGAGGGAGGUAGUGUACUCAGUGCUAGUCUCUGCUGUACUGUCAUUCUCUGGAGGGAGGUAGUGUACUCCGUGCUAGUCUCUGCUGUACUGUCAUUCUCUGGAGGGAGGUAGUAUACUCAGUGCUAGUCUCUGCUGUACUGUCAUUCUCUGGAGGGAGGUAGUGUACUCAGUGCUAGUCUCUGCUGUGCGGUCAUCCUCUGGAGGGAGGUAGUGUACCUAGUGCUAGUCUCUGCUGUGCUGUCAUUCUCUGGAGGGAGGUAGUGUACCCAGUGCUGGUCUCUGCUGUGCUGUCUUUUGGUUCAUUGUAGUCUCUCUUGUCUCCUAGUACACAGAUGCCGACAAUGUUCUGUCCAAUGAGAAUACAUUGGAGCUGCUUAUGGCUGAGAAUAAAACCCUGAUAGCUCCCAUGUUGGAUUCGCAGACUGGAUAUUCAAACUUUUGGUGCGGAAUAACCCCUCAGGUUGGUUCACUUGUAUUGUUUAUUUCCCAGUGCAUGGUGGGACUUUUAGAUAAGUUCCAUUGUUUCUUAUUUAAUCUGUUCUAAAGUCCAAAUUAAUUUAACUGUAGUUAGUAAUAGGGUUAUUUUUAGUUUAGUAGGUUUUAUUUUUCUUGUGGGUUUUUUUUUCUACCACUCCCUUUACAGGAUUAUUCACUGAAGUGUGAAUUGUUGAAAAUUUAAAUAAAAUUUUACAUUUUAGGCCAAAAUAGUUGGGGGUGGAAAGGAACACAGUGGGGGUGAGGGGUGGGGAAAGGAACACUAUGGGGGGUGGGGGGUGGAAAGGUACACUAUAGGACAGGGAAGGGGCGUGAAGAACACUAUGGGACAGGGGAGGUGGGAAAGAACACGAGGGGGGAGAGAGGAACAUUAAGGGAGGACACUAAGGUACAGGGGAGGGAAGGGAAAAGGAACACUGGGGUGGGGGGGGGCCACUAAAAGAGAAGGGAGAGGAACAGGGGAAUGAGGGGGGUACUAAGAGACAGGAUAGAGGUGGGGGGGAGUUCCAACCGCACUUAUUUACACACAAACACACUGAAUCCACUACCCACACUGCACCCACUACUCAUACGCUGCAUUAACUACCCACACUGCAUCCACUACACAAACACACAUACACUGCAUCGACUACUCAUACACUGCAUCCACUACUCCUACACUGCAUUCACUACCCACACUGCAUCCACUAUACAAACACACUGCAUCCACCACCCACCCACACUACAUCCACUAUACAAACACACUGCAUCCACUAUACAAACACACUGCAUCCACUAUACAAACACACUGCAUCCACUACACACACACACUGCAUCCACUACACACACACACUGCAUCCACUACACACACACACUGCAUCCACUACACACACACACUGCAUUUACUAAUCAAAUAUUCUCACUGCAUCCACUACACACACAUGUAAAUAUUCUUGAAAACAUAAAAAAAAAAAUUUGACUGGCAUGUAUAUUUUGUGCAUUUACCACUUAAUAAAAAAAAGAUUAGCAAAAAAAAAAAAAAACCCAGUUAAUGUACAGACUAUCGGUAAGCUAUCGGCUAUUGGCCUGAAGGUUCACAGAUUAUCGGUAUUGGUAUCGGCUCUAAAAAAUCAAUAUCGCUCGAUCCCUAGUAUAUUUCUCAUAAUUCACUUUUCUUUUUGCCAAUAGCUUUCUUAUCGCACUUUUCUCCAACAGGGUUUUUACCGCCGGACACCUGAUUAUUAUCCGACUGUGAACCGGCAGCGCACAGGCUGUUUUCCAGUACCCAUGGUUCACUCAACAUUCCUUGUGGAUCUUCGAAGGGAGGAGAGUCACUGCUUGGCUUUUUACCCCCCUCACGUCAACUACACUUGGACCUUUGAUGACAUUAUUGUGUUUGCUUACUCAUGUUUGGCAGCAGGUGUGUGAAACUUUUUGUAAAAGCUACUAUUCCUAAUUCAAAAUCACAGUGAGCUAGGCUUUAUACCCAUUAAUUUCUAGUCUAGUGGGGGAGUUGUUUGCGGAACAUUAGAGACUAAGUCUAGCCCAUAUAUUUUUAAAACUACAGCUUCCAUGAUGCUUUGUCAUUCUAAAGGCAUGCAAAGCAUCAUGGGAGUUGCAGUUCUACAAAAUCUGGGGAGCAACCUUUUGGGCACCCCAGGUGUAGCCCAUUUGGGUAUUCCAAGUACAAAAAAAAAAGGUUCCAGCAAUCAUUAUCACAUUGCCAACAGCUUCCCCUUUUGAAGAUAAAAUAAAAGUAAAUGCAUAUCAGAAGCUAUUUUCUUACUUUUUAUAAAUAAUAGAUUGCAAGCUCUUUAAAACAGGUCUCCACUGACUGUAAGGCCAACCUGGUUGAGUGUCUUGUUGUAUCUGUUCUAGGAGUACAAGGCUAUGUGUGUAACAACCACCACUAUGGUUACAUCAAUGUUCCGGCUCAGCCACAUCAAGAAAUGGAGGACGACCAUCUAAACUUUGUGCACCUUAUGCUGGAAGCCAUGGGUGAGGAACAGUUGUGGGGGAGUGAGAGAGGGUGAAGUAGAUCAAGAAGAUUUGUUCUGAAAAUAUUUGUGGUGGCAGGAAGUGUCAACCCUAGUAAAUGGAAAGAUUGGCAGACAAUGAUUUAAUCACAGCCUAUUGCUUGUUUUCUUUGAUCUUUAGCAGUGGAAGGUGUCACGUUUCUGCCUUCUGAGUUUGUUCCUGCCCCACAAAGGAACCCUGACAAGAUGGGGUUUGAUGAGGUACCAUGUUUGUUUGUCACUAAUAUCUGUCCUUUCUCUCAUCUGUCCUUUCUCUCUACCUGACUACACACAUUCUCUAACCACCUCCUUAUUUCAAUGUGACUUACAUUUUAAUAAUCCUCUUUAUUAAUUUUUGUAAACUACUAACUUAAAGAACUUUACUACAACCAGAUACAGUGAGUUAGAUGAAACUUGGAUGUGUACUGAAAAUGCCACUAUAGUAAGCCUAAGACCAGUUUGUGAAGAAGGUCAGAAUUAAGAGUAAUUGGUCUUUAAAAGGCACAUAAAAAAUAAAGAUUUCUCUCUGCAGUUGCUGUGAGUGAUGGUACCUAACUGAGAGACCUCAUGAUGAUCUAUUACAAUUGGCUGGGGUGUGUACUGGAGCCGCUUAAUCAACUAUGAGAUGCCAUAAGUAAAGCUACAUCUAUAUGAAAAGCACAGACAUUCUUUUAAAGGGAUUCUAUAGUGUAAGGAAUACAAAUUUGUAUACCUUACACUAUAAUUCCCUGUCCCCCUCCCCGGCACUGCAAGAGUAAAAAAGAAAAGAAACCAAAAACCUUUUAACACUUAUCAUAUAAAACCACGAUAUCCCUCGGCGCUGCGUCGUCGCUCCACCUCCUCCGAUGUCAUCCGACAGGGGGGUUAAUGCGCAUGUGUCAGAUGAUCAAAAGUUACCUAGCAAGCAGAAAGUGCCUCUAGUGACUGUCUUGUUGACAGCCACUAAAGGCAGUCUUAAUCCUAAAAUGUUAUCAUUGCAGCUUCUCUGAAACUUCAAUGAUUUACAUUACAGGACUAAGGGGGACUGUGACAUUGUACCCAGACCACUUCCAUGAACUGAAGUGGUCUGGGUGCCUAUAGUGUCCCUUUAAGAAUAUCCGGUCAGUUUCUUUGAACACUUCGUUCUGCUGUUCAAAUUUUUCCGAUUUUACUUUUUCCCCAAUCUGCCUGCCAAUUAGAAUAGAUUCCAGUGGUACUAAAAUCUUUGUCUCUGUGCCUUCAUCCUAGGUAUUCCUGAUUAACUUGCUACGUCGUCCUGAGAAACGGGAGAGAAUGCUACACUCCCUACAUCUACAGGAAAUAUCGUGUCGAGUUCUGGAUGCUGUAGAUGGCAGGUAUGCGGCUUUUUAGGAGUAGUGUUAUAAAUUGUUCUUUUAUAAAUAUUACUGGUUCUCGUAGACAGGGCCAGAUUAAGAGCCCAGUGGGCCUGGUGCUGAGAAUUAUGAGGGACCUGAGUACAGAAUCUUAUCGACCAAAAACACUCUUCAGUGUUAUGUAUCUGGUGGAGAUGCUGCCGGAGGGAAACUCAUAGGAUACAGCUAUAAGAAAACUCUAUUAAAAUAUGCUAAUCUCCAUCUAAUUCAUGCUUUCAUCUUUCAAGUAAAUCCAUACCCCCUAACAGCAGUGUGCAGUGAAGCAGGAAGUCAGUGGGUGGUGUAAAAAGGUGGGCCACUGACGCAGAUCAUGUAACCAGAACUCCCGAAAGGGACAAAUAUGCUCAAAAAGGAAUCGUGUUUGCCCAAAGACAUGGAAGGUUAGCCUGGCAUGAAUGCAUGUCAGGCUGCCUGCCAAUCAUGCAUGCUGGCCAACAGCAUCCUGAGCUUGGCAUAAAUGUGUCUAAUGAGGCGCUCGCCCCAUGCUUUCUAAGAAUUGUCCCCUAGCACUCACUUGUCUCCUUACCUUCUUACUAGCAGGCAGAAGCUCCUGGUAAACAGUCUAAGACAGAGAAAAGGUGGAUGUAGUGAGUGUAGAAGAAAGGGAACAUGCCACAGUGUUAGAGAGAAGAAAGUCAGCAUUUACCUUAAAGGGACACUAUAGUCAUCAAAACAACUUUAGCUUAAUGAAGCAGUUUUGGUGUAUAGAUCAUGUCCCUGCAGUCUCACUGCUCAAUUCUCUGCCAUGUAGGAGUUAAAUCACUUUGUUUAUGAACCCUAGUCACACCUCCCUGCAUGUGACUUGCACAGUCUUCCUAAACACUUCCUGUAAAGUCAUCUAAAGUGUAUCCUUCCUUUAUUGCAAGUUCUGUAUAAUUUAGAUUUUCUUAUGCCCUGCUAUGUUAAUAGCUUGGUAGACCCUGCAAGAGCCUCCUGUAUGUGACUAAAGUUAUAUUUACAGAGAAAGAGAUACAAUUGUUUAAGGUAAAUUACAUCUGAUUGAAAGUGAAACCUGUUUGUUUUUCUAUGCAGGCUGUGUCAAUCAUAGCCAGGGGAGGUGUGACAAAGGCUGCAUAAACAGGAACAAAGUGAUUUAACAGUGAAUUGAUCAAUGAAACCUGAGAAGCAUGAUCUAUACACUAAAACUGCUUUAUUAAAGGACCACUCUAGGCACCCAGACCACUUCAGCUUAAUGAAGUGGUCUGUGUGCCAGGUCCUUCUAGGGUUAACCCAUUUUUUUAUAAACAUAGCAGUUUCAGAGAAACUGCUAUGUUUAUCAAUGGGUUAAGCCUUCCUCCAAAUCCUCUAGUGGCUGUCUCAUUGACAGCCACUAGAGGCGCUUGCGUGCUUCUCACUGUGAUUUUCACGGUGAGAGCACGCAAGCGUCCAUAGGAAAGCAUUGUAAAUGCUUUCCUAUGCGACGGGCUGAAUGCGCGCGCAGCUCUUGCCGCGCGUGCGCAUUCAGCCCAGGAGGAGGAUCGGAGGCAGAAUGCUCCCCGCCCAGCGCUGGAAAAAGGUAAGUUUUUAACCCUUUCCCCUUUCCAGAGCCUGGCGGGAGGGGGUCCCUGAGGGUGGGGGCACCCUCUGGGCACUAUAGUGCCAGGAAAACGAGUAUGUUUUCCUGGCACUAUAGUGGUCCUUUAAGCUAAAGUUGUUUAGGUGACUAUAGUGUUCCUUUCAUUUCAGCUAGUCCACACAAGUUUUGUUUCCAUUUAUCCCUCUUGAGUUUCCAUACUUAAGCAAGAGUAUGUGAAGAGUAGUUAGGGUUGCCACCUGUCUUGGGGGGAAAAAUACAGGCCUUACUAAUUUGCAUAACUAAUUAUGUAUGCGUGACAUCACAUGAUGUAAAUCACAAGGAGUAACAUAAGAGAAGAAUCUAUAAAAUCACUAAAACACUAACAGUUUGAUUCUGCUGUAUAGAUCGAAUGCUCCCAGUGUCCCCAUGUCACUAGGGGACACUGAGACUAUGUAUCACAGUGUCUCUAUGUAUCGCAGUGUCCCUAUGUAUCACAGUGUCUCUGUGUCCCCAUGUCACUUAUGGACACUGAGAUAUUUGGGGACACUGAAACUAUGUAUCACAGUGUCUCAGUGCCCCAUGUUGCCCAGUGUCCCCUAGUGCCUGUGUCCCCACGUCUCCCAUUGUCCCCAUGACACUUGGGGACACUGGGAGACAUGGGGUCACUGAGACACUUGUGGACAUUGAGUCCCUAGUGUCUCAGUGUCCCCAUGUUUUCCAGCCAGUGUCCCUACUGUCUCAGUGUCCCCAUGUGUAUCUGUUUCCCCAUGUCUGUGUCCUCAAGUUUGUCUGUGUCCCUAUGUCUCCCAGCAUCCCCUAGUGUCUGUGUUCCCAGGUCUCAGUGUCCCUAUGUGUGUCUGUGUUCCCGUGUCUCCAAGUGUCCACAAGUGUCUCAGUGACCCCAGAGGUCUCCCUGUGUCCCCAUGUCUUAGUGUCCCCUAGUGUCUGUGUCCCCAUGUCUCCCUGAAGCCUUUACCCCAUCCCUCACUUCCCUGAGCUGUAGGCUGUCUCUGCAGGCAGCAACCCCUACUGGCCGGUGCUGAUAUUGCAGAGUAAUCUCUUUUUAUACUGAGAAAAAUACCAGCAUUUGAAAGUUAUUUUUCUAAAAAAAAAAUUAUUUUAUUUUUUCUUAUCAAUGUGCCUGGAGCUGCAGUUCCAUCAGCCCUUAUGUUAAUCUGGCCCUGCUCGUCGAAGACUUGUUCAAACAAGUAACAGUAAUUGUUCAGCAGUAGGUGGAUUUGUUACAGAGAAAGUUGCUUGCUAGCAAUAUGCUACAUGCAAUUUAAUGGACUUUGUUUUUUGCUUUGUUUUUUUGUAUUUUAAUAUAAUCUGUUGCAAGCAAUGGGGACCCACUGAAACAGCAUGUGGACCCAACUUUGGGUCAAGAGCUGAUUUGCUCAUACAUUAUUGCCUAGAGAUAUAAAUCCUCUGCAAACACCAUCUAACUGUAGAUCUGUAAAGGUAGCCCUGCCCUUUGUGAGACAAUACUUUGAAGGAACAGUCCAGGCACUUUAGCUUGAUGAAAUGCUUCGAGGAGUUUGCCUCAUUUUUCAUUUUACAAAAAGUGCAAAUUUCAGUAGAUAUUGUCACUUUGUUUUUUAAGUAACCUUGUUCCACCCAGGGCUGUCAAUCAGACAACCGGUCCUGUUACUUCCUGGUUUGGUUAGCUCAGUGGAGCUAAACUCAAGAGGCAGCAAUUGCUCAGAGCACCAGCCUUGCAAAGACCUCUCAUUGAGCCGCACUGGGAAUUCUGUGAUUAGACAACCACAGAAAGUCUGGACGGGGUUAGAAGCAGAGGGCUUGCAAAUUAUAUUUUAUACUUUUACAAGUUGUUUUUAGAUAUACGCCUAAUUAAAUGCAUGCAUGUAUUCAUUGGGGGAAUAACUACAAAUAGUGAUUUAACAAAAAAUACAAUAUGGGCAGUGGACUGUUCCUUUACAAAAGGCCAAAUUCUAAACCGGUUUUAAAUAUUUUAUACAAUCCAAAAUGGAGUGGAGUGGAGUUGGUCUGGUCAAGAUGCCUUAUUAAUUUUUUUGAGUACGCUACAGCUAGGGUUGGUGCAAUAUAGACAAUUUCUUUAUAUUUUUUAAUUCUCUUCUGUUUUCUCGUAAUAAACCAAAUGCUCUGCACAAAAAGCCAAUGGCAUUUAGUACAAUAUUUCCAUAUCCCUGUCUCAAGUUCUCCUCCGUGAUGCUUGGAUGACACGUGUGGGUCGUAUGUCACACUUGGCAGCUCUGCCCGUCAUUCACCUUGUGAUUCAGAAUGUGCUAAAAUAUUUGAUAGCUCUCUGGUGUAACUGAUGUGUAUUACCAUCCAGACACAUUACACCGGAGACAUUUGGAGCAUAUUACAGAAACUGUAUUAGAUGAUCCAUGCAAAUACAGUUUAAUGUGAGUGAUUGCUUGGUUUUAUUUCUUACAUGGGCAAACGGUGUGCCCAUAAUUCAGUCAUCAUGUACUUUGUGUAGUAAGAAAACUGUGACUUCUUUGACUUCAAUUUUAAGGGUACCCGCCAGGGCUGAAGGGUGUACUGCUUUCUUUAAUAAUAUGGUGUAUCUCUGUUUUCCCAGUGCUCUCAACAGCAGUGCUAUUAAACGUAUGGGCAUCAACCUGCUUCCAGGAUAUUAUGACCCAUUCUCUGGCAGAACUCUUACGAAGGGUGAGGUUGGCUGCUUUUUGAGCCAUUUCCAGAUAUGGAAAGAGGUAACUUUUACAGGACAGAGUCUUCCUUGAUUCUGUUCCCAAUAAAUACACUCUAUUGCCACUUUACUUGACAUUUCUAUCAUGUACCAGUACGCCCACAGAACCAACAACAUAUACAUAUCCAUAGUCACUUGGAUCACAUGUCGUCCGUUACAAUUUUUGUCUAAACAGCAGCUAAACCUUGUGUAUAUUUUAUAUGUAUUGAACUGCUGUUUGCCUGUUUAUGUUAGUGCAACAAAGUGGCUAAUCAAGUAAUCAAGGCAAAAACAGGUUUGCUGGACUAAGAACUAAAUAAUGAGCAAUCACCAUGGAAACUAAUAGAAUGACUAACAACAUUUAGCACCUUGUUCCUCAAAAUAGCACCUGUUUAGCUUUGCUGAAUCUUGAUCAUAAUAGUCAACAGGCAUCAGAAGCAGCAUUGCCCUGCCCAGAGCAUUGGAGCCUUCUCUAAACUGGGAAUAGCAGUAACAGAGGUGCUUCAGAAUGUGAUGUCCAAAGCUGACGUCAUUUACACUACUGGGCUCUCUGUCAAAGAAGAAUCAUAACCACUGCAUUAGUUAGACUAGUGAUGUCCCCUAUGGAAUAUCAAUUUUGUUUUUUUGGGGGGGUGGGGGGAUUCUCACUUUUUUAUUCUGUUUUCCCUCUCUAGUUAUAAAUGUUAACUUUCUUUUUUUCUUUUCCUCUAUAGAUUGCAGAGAACCAGCUCGACGCGACCUUGGUGUUUGAGGAUGAUGUUCGCUUUGGAUCAUUCUUCAAAAGAAAAAUGAUGCGUCUCAUGAAUGAUGUCCGCAAAGCUCAGCUCGAUUGGGACCUGAUGUAAGGAGAAAUGCAUACAGUGACUAGUAAAGAACACUGGAUAUUAUUAAUGAUGUCUGCAGGGCAAGUCAAAUCUUAAAGUGCCCCAUUAAAUCUUCUAAAUAAUGGCAAAUGUAUACUAUACUUUAUAUAACUUUCAUUCCUGGUUUUUAUCUUUUCUUCAUCCUAUUGUUUGUACUAUUGUAGAUAAAAUCAGACUUUAUAACUUUAGUGCUGUCAUUAUACACACAGUCUCUCUCUCUCGAUAAUUUCUUGCUUCUAUACAUCUUCUAUGACAGUAAGGUAUGAUGUAAUGUGUCACGAGGGUUGACAGGCAGCCGCAUUAAGUAGCAGUAUUAAUAGUAAGAGCUCAGAAGGUAAUUAGCGAGGCAGUAGAAUCAAUAAAUAUAUAAAUUAUGGUUGUGUCCUUGCUAUGCCAAAACCACUUACAUGUGAUUGCUCAAUGCCUUGCCUUAUUUCUUCAACCCAGCUCUACCUCACUCUCACUUCUGCCAUGAAGCCCCACACUUAUCAUAUGUAUUAAACAAUGAGAGAUAAAAAGGCCUUGCUCGUAGAGACAAGCCUGAGAUCCCUCAUCAAUGAUCCCUUAUUCGGUGCUGCCUGUGCCUUGUUAUGGAAGCUUUGAUUAGGUUAAAGCACAGAAGGUCUGAGGUGUGCUUCUGAUAAAUAACACAACGUGAUUGGGGAUCUUGUGACAGUGAUUGGAUUUACCAACAUGAUUUCAUGAGGUCACUUUAUAAUUUUAAAUAAAUGGCAUGGAGUCUCAGUGGUUAACAGGUUUCCUAUCUCCUGCAAGAUAUGACAGGUGCCCUAUUUCUAACUAAUGAAUCGCAUGCCAUGGUGGUCUAAAACAACCUCUAUUUCCCGUGAGAUAUCAUGAGUACUCAUUUCUAAUAAUGAAAACCCAUUAUUUAGAAUGUUGGUUAAUGACAGAUCAUUGUCUCCUGCAGAUACAUUGGAAGGAAGCAGGUGACUACAGAUCCAGAGGAGGCUGUGGACAAUGUACCAUACUUAGUGGUGGCUGAUUAUUCCUACUGGACUCUGUGCUACAUCAUCUCACUGCAAGGAGCCCUGAAACUGCUGAAUGCUGAGCCGCUGUCCAAAAUGCUCCCAGUUGAUGAAUUUCUACCCAUCAUGUCCGACACACACCCAAAGUAGGUGUAACCUGGCUCAGUGUUACUUUGUGUUGCCUCUGUCUUUACAUUGUGUCAGCUUCCUCCUCUCUUUGGCCUGUGUUUGUUUUUUAUGUCUUUACCUUUGAUCUGUAUUCAUUAAACCAAUAGUUGUGACUACAGUUACAAGUGAAAUUUCAUGAAAAUGUUGCCUGUCAACCUUUGUGAUGAUAUCUAAGAAUGUUCCCAUCUCAGAUGCACAUGAUCCAACUUAAAAUUUCGUAGAUCCCCAUAGAAUUGUGAUUUCAAUGUAUCCUGGAAUCAUCCUUCCUCAUUGUAUGUGUUUCUUUUUAAUAUCUUCCCUUUUCAUUCAUAGCUAAUGAGUCCGUGUGUUAUUUUUGUGUGCAUGCUUCAAUAUUCUCCCUCCAUCCCCACAGUGAGGAGUACAAGAAGCAUUUUGUGAACCGUAACUUACAGAUGUACUCCGUGAACCCGCUCCUUGUUUAUCCCACCCACUACACCGGGGAGCCCAACUGGUUGAGUGACACAGAGACCUCCACUCUCUGGGAUGAUGAUAACGUGCGCACAGAUUGGAGUGGCUCCCAAAAAACCCUCAAGGGCUCCAGGGGGGAGAUUCAGCAUGGCUUACACUCUUCAUCUCAUGAUGAGCUGUGACCUGGAAAAAUGAGCUCAACAGUUGCAACUUUUGACAUCCAUCUGGCCUCUUCCUUUUAAUCGUGGAUGAUAAAAAAAGGAAUGUAUGCACUAAAUGAACUAAAAAGUUAAAGUUUAAGGAAGACUUCACAGUGCACUUUUUAUUUACUAUUUAUUAUUGCUGAAUGUGUUUUGCAUAUCACGUUUUUGGUUUGUGUUUCCAGCAGGAAAAGUCUUUUAGAAAAUGAAAAAGUAAAGCAUCAGUUUCAGUGCUCUGUCGGUGUGUCCCGAUGCUUCUCUGUGAAAGGCAUUGGAUUUGAACACCAGUCGUCCGUAAUGAUGGCAUCACAGAAGCUGCCAUGAGAAUCUCUAGGAGGUAGUGCCUACUUUGUCUCAGUAUUUCGUUUGACUUGAUUGGAAUUUCACUGAAAUUCCAACACAAUAAAUAUGAGUAUUUCAUUUAAAAAAAGAGAGAGGAGGGGGAGGGAGGAGGGCGACAGUGCAGCUUUAAGGAACUGCAUUUUUUUCACUGUGUCACUAGCAGUAAAAUACAGGGUUCUGAAACCGCUUCUGGCUAAUUACAGUUUACAUCGAAGUAGCUGCAAAGUUGUUGGGAAAAUAUUUUGUUCCCGUUUUGUUGUCAAGGAUUUCUGUUUUUUUUUGUUUUUUUUUACUUUGUUCUUUCAUUUUACUGAUGGUUUGGGGUGGCAGCUUGGAAAUUUAAAAAAACAUUUUUUUUAUUGUUAUAUCUUUUCUUGUAUUUUAACUUAAUUCCAUUUUGAUAUUUCUAACCUGUACUGUAAGGGGUCUCAGGGUAUUAUUCUAAGGGUAAACUUUGUCACAACAGCUGCUUGUGAUCUUAAUUUCCAGUGAAUGAGCAUCAUGGGAAAUGUAGUUCACAAAUAUUUGCAGUGGCAUGGUCAUCCAUCAUUAAUCUCCGUCAGGGAUAGGCAUCCUUCUGUACUUCUGUUGUUGUUUAUUUCAUCAUGAGAGAUGUGGUCCACUACAGCUGGAGUGCCAUAGAUUGCAGAAUAUGCAGACUCUUAUUUUUAUGAUGAAAUAUUUUUCAAUCUAAUAAAUCUCUUUGUAAGUAAAUUCCUGCUUUAUGUGAUUUUUUUUGAUUUUUUUUUGUUCCCUAAAAUACACUGUGAUUGCCAAGUACCAUCGCUUGCAAGAAGGGACAGUCCCUCUUAUGAAACCACAGUAAACAGUCCAGUUUUCCUAUGCCGAGGAAGCAUCUCUUGUUAGACACAAAAUGCGUUCUAUUCAGUUUUUUGUUUAGGGUGCCCACCCCUCGUUUGUCUUGAUUUCUGUUUGGAUUUGACUCCCCUAACACAUAUAUUUAUUUUUAUCGUUUCUGCCUUGUGUGUAUUUUUUUUUAUACAAUAAACAAG